AUGCAGAUUAACAUGUUCUUUUGGGCACUGAUCCAAACGGUCUUUCUGGCGUCAUUUAGCGCUGCUGCCAGUUCAAACAUGACUAAACACAUUGGAACAUCGUCGCUGCUAACAUGCAUGGAAAACUCGCAGUUUACUGCGUCCUUUUUCGAAGUACAGUACCUGGCUCACAACAAGACCGUGGUUUUCAACAUUGAUGCUACCACCACAAUCCAGGACAACAUUACUGCACACGUUGAAGUCAUCGUAUAUGGUCUGAAUGUUAUGGAGACGACAAUAGACCUGUGCAAACUGGGUCAAAAAUCUCUGUGCCCCUUGCAAGCGGGCCGUAUCGACGUGGAUUCUACACAGGAGCUAAACACCGAUCUGGUCAAUCAACUGCCGGGUGUCACCUACACGAUUCCAGACUUGGACGCCCAGGUCCGUGUUGUGGUAUAUUCAGCAAGCGACACCAAGCAAUCACAGCCCUUGGCCUGUGUAGUUGCACCCCUGACUAAUGGGAAAACCGUGCAAACAAAAUACGCUUCGUGGCCGAUUGCUGCAAUUUCAGGUGUUGGUGUGUUGACAUCCGGUUUUGUUUCCGUGCUUGGCCACUCCACUACAGCAGCGCAUAUUGCUUCCAACUCUAUCUCACUUUUCAUCUAUUUUCAAAACUUGGCAAUUACAUCGAUGAUGGGUGUGUCCAGAGUACCCCCCAUCGCAGCAGCGUGGUCCCAAAACUUCCAGUGGUCCAUGGGUAUCAUUAAUGUGGGUUUCAUGCAAGAUAUUUUCAACUGGUACGUCCAAGCCACUGGCGGUGAGUCCAUAGUUGUCGUCGCCAACAAGAAUAUCUUGUCCAUCUCUGUGCAAAAAAAGCGGUUGAAAAGAGCCGUGGUCGAAGGCGCAAAGAGGCUUUACAAGCGGAUUUCAAUAGCCACCAGCGACAGUUUUGACGUUGGCUCUUUUAUGAACCAAUCGAACCUUUACACCACGAACGAGAGAAACUCAACCAAUUACGCAUCGAAAACGCUAGUACUUCACGGAAUCCAACGUGUCGCUUUUAAAGCGGGAAUCGAAUUGUCCAAUUUCUUCUUGACAGGUGUCGUUUUCACGUUCUUCUUCGUUUUCGUUGUUGUGAUUGCCUUGAUGUUUUUCAAGGCUCUUGUUGAGCUAUUGACCAGAACUCGCGUUAUGGCUGAAUCUUCUAAAUUUUUUGAAUACCGCAAAAGUUGGAGCAACAUUAUAAAAGGUACGCUUUUCAGACUUUGUAUCAUUGCGUUCCCUCAAUUGUCGCUUUUGAGUAUUUGGGAAUUCACGCAACGCGAUUCUCCAGCUGUAGUUGUAGAUGCCGUGGCCGUUUUGGUCGUAGUGACAUUUGUGCUACUUUACGGGGUCGUUAAAGUGAUUGUAAGAGGUCGCGAGUCGACUCGGCUUUACAAGACUCCCGCGUACAUGCUUUAUGGUGAUGCCAGUUUUCUGAAUAGGUACGGGUUUCUGUACGUCCAGUUCAAAGCUGACAUGUACUGGUGGUUGAUUCCCUUCAUGUUUUAUGCUCUGUUGAGAUCUCUUUUCGUCGCCGUCUUACAGGACAUGGGCCGUGCCCAGUCAGUGGUGGUUUUCGCUAUAGAGCUGUUCUAUUUCGUGGCGAUCUGCUGGAAAAGACCGUACAUGGAUAAGCGUACCAACGCGUUCAAUAUCGUCAUCCAUCUGGUGAAUUUCCUCAACUCCAUUUUCUUCAUGUUUUUCUCCGGCAUUUUCAGACAGCCACAAGUGGUGUCAUCGGUGAUGGCGAUUGUACUGUUUGUUCUGAACGCCGUGUUUGCUCUGUUCCUUCUCAUCUUCACCAUCGUUACAUGCACGCUGGCUUUGAUCCACAGAAAUCCAGAUUCUCGUUACCAACCCAUGAAAGACGACCGGGUGUCAUUUAUUCCCAAAAUCCAGACAAAUGGCGCGGCGUCAAAGUCAGAGACUGAACUGUUUGAGCUUGGAAAAGCCGCCAUGAUCACCAACGAGGCUACCAAGUACCCUUCAAGCGGCGACAGCUCGUCUAGAAAUAAAAGCUCGCGAAAAUUGCUGUUUGACGACGAAUACGACGAAAGCUCGCAGUUCGAGGACCAAUCGGGUUCUAGAGAAAAACGCGCUUACAGCGGCGAACCACAGGCGCUGCAGCCGACUUCUGCGGUACUGGGAACCAGCACAUUCGGCACAAACCCUUACCAGAAAGUGCCCACUGCACCUGUUGGACGCAGUGCUCAGAAUUUGCGUGCUCCUGAGACCAGUUUCAACAACAACACAGGCUACCAGGGCUAUGUAGCGGACAAUGCCAACCCCUACUCCAACGGCAGGUCGUAUCUAUAG